AUGGAUGUAGUAAGUUCAGCUCCCUCCAAAGAGAUCAAAGCAGCACAACCAUCGCAGCAACAACAAAUUCAUCACCACAAUCUUAAUCAGCACAACUACCAGCAACAACAACAGCAACCAAAGUCUAACCUCUCUCUUGGUAGCUCUAUGCUUAUUAACCAGUUAGAGGCUCCUCACCACCUUCCCUCACCUUCGAGCACCCUUCAAACUCCUGCCUACGCCAAUCUUCUUGGCUUUUGUUCAUCAGCACAAAUGACAGCCGGACCAACACAACCAAUGGAAGUAGCCACUUCUACUAUUACUUGUCACAGUCCGGAGGCUGAAGUAACCAUCAGAUCACCUGGCCUUACGGGACGAGGCAUUCGUUUGUCUCGGACUGGGCGCGGCAAUACCUGGACUGAUUCACAGUCUGCCUCUGGCCGCCGAUCCAUGAUUACCUCUCCCUGCCCGGCGGCUUCUCUUUCUACCUCACCAUCCUCGCAGUCUCCUUCUGCAUCACCUUCACCCCCUAGUGCCAUGGAGUUAGGCAGUCAGCCAAGCAGUCCUGCGAUCACAGCCGCUGCCAAUGAUAUCGAUACAUCUUAA